GCGGUAGCCUGGUCUGUUUUGAAUUCCGUCCCGCUUUUCGAACUUUACGUCGCGUCUCGUCGGUGAAAUGUCGCAUUAUUCCUCCAGGAACAUAUAACAAGUGGACCGGUAUCAUGGACUCAUUCGCGGGGGACGACGUGACGCUCCCCGUUGAUAUCAACGGAAGCUGCAGACUGCCAGACUCCAUAGAUGCUGGAGAUUAUUCUACAGACAGCAUGACAGUGCCGUCCUUUCCUGAAAAGAUGUCUCCUAUCAAAGCUCUCACCAUGAAGGACUAUGAGAAUCAAAUCACAGCUCUGAAGAAAGAGAACUUUAACCUGAAGCUGCGCAUUUACUUCAUGGAGGAGCGCAUGCAGCAGAAAUGUGACGACUCCACCGAGGACAUAUUCAAAACGAACAUUGAGCUGAAGGUGGAGUUGGAGUCUAUGAAGAGGGACCUGGCAGAGAAACAAGAACUGCUAGUGUCUGCAUCGAAAGCGUUGGAAAGUCUGGCUGGUCGAGAAUCAGGAGAAUCCCAGCGUGCCAGAGAAAAAACUCAGAGAGAGAUGGAUGCUCUCCAAGAUGCAUCUAACAAGAGGAUAGCUGAAUUAGAACAGUGUCUGCAAACAGCUCAGGAAGAGGUUGGUGAGAUGGCAGCCAUUGCUGAGCAGCAAAAAUGCAAGAACAUUAACAUGGAGAAGCAGCUCCAAGCCCUGGGUCUACCAAACACCUUCACCCCUAUAGCAGUCCCCAGUGUAAUCCACGACCUGCAGCAGGCCCUGCAGGAAAAAGACAACAUUAUUGAGAAACUCAAGAUGACUGAAAAGAACCAAGAAGCUUGGAUCAAUCAUAAGAAAAGUUCAGACCAACAGAUGGAGAAACCAUCUUCUGAUCAUCUUAAACAGUUGUCUGAGCUCAUUGCCCAGAAAGACCAGGAACUAGAGGCACUGAGGGACGAGCUACAUAACAAGGAGGACAAAGGACUACCUGACCACCAGCUUUUACGCUGCAUUUCCAAGCAACCGGUCACUGCCCCUGCAGGAAGCCACAUCCCUGUCCUGAAGAGACUAAGUACUGGCCAACCCAGACCUGGAGCAAUGCGCAGACACAGAGAAGCAGAAUUGAAGUCUCUUCAUGAUCUUACAGAGGAAUUUGAUGAUGAAUAUACCUCUGUCAGAGUGGAGAGUGAGGUUAGCCGAUUGGAGUCUGUCAAUAAACACCUGACUGAAGAGCUCACACAGACAAAAAGCACCAACCAGAACCUGACAAAAACACUGGAUGAAAUCCAAACUCAGUACAAGACCUUGUCAGGGAACUUGGAGCAGAAAGAGAAUGAACUCAGCUUGGAGGAGAAAAAUUCUCUGAAGCGAGACAAAACAAUCCAGGGGUUGACUCUGGUCCUCAGAGAAAAGGAAAAAGAGAUUGCGGAGCUGUGUCAUGAGAUUGAGGACAGGGAUGACGCUCUAGCCAAGGCUAGAGAAGCAGCACAUAAAGCUCAACUACAGAAAUACCAGGGAGCAGAGGAACAUCAAAACCUAUUAAUGUCAAAACAAACAGAGCUCUCCCAACUCCAGGGGGAACACCAUGUCAAAGUGCUUGAAGCACAAAAGCUACAGCGAGCCCUGGACAGAAAGGAGCAAGAGCUGGCUGACUUGCAGCAGGCAAAGGACCAGCUGGAGGUAGAACUGGAGGACCUGCAACAGCAUAAGAAGAAAGGAGACAAAGCCUUGAAUGAUCUUAACAAUCAGCUGAAGAAGCUAAGCGGUGAGAUUGGGGAGAGGGAGAGUGCUCUGGAGCAGCAGUACGAGGAGCUGCUAGAUCAAACCAAUAGAAAAGUGCAGGCCCAUGAGGUCACCAUCCAGCGGCUCACAUCAACCCUGACUGAUAAAGAGCAGCAGCUGCAGGAGUACAUAAAUAUGGUCAGAGAUUUUGAGCAAAGCAAAAGCCCAGGAGGAAACGACAAUGUGCUUUCCAAGCUGCGGCAAAGAUUGAAAGAAAAGGAGAAGGCUCUGGAGCAAGCGCUGGAUGAGAAGUUUGCUGCCAUUGAAGAGAAAGACAAUGAGAUUCACCAGCUGCAGCUGUCUCUAAGGGAGAAGGAAAGAGACCUGGACAGGCUCAAUAACUUACUGUCGCACAACGAGGAAACAAUCGAUAGUUUCGAUAGUCUGAUUAAAGAGAAGGAUGUGGAGCUGCAGCAUCUUGUAAAUACACUCAAGAACCUUCAGAGAGCCAAGCAAGAUGUAGAAGAUAACCUGAACAGAUCACUGAGGGAGAAGGACUCCAUCAUCAUCCAGCUACAGCUCUCCCUGGAGGGCAAGACAAAGGACAUGGAGGAAAUGGCCAAAUCCAUGCUAAGCCAGUCACAAACUAAUGCACAUGACCUUGCUGAACAGAUGGGCCAGAGGUUAAAAGUCACAGAGGUUAUGUUGGCAGAGGCUGUUAAAGCCAGGGAAAGGCUGGUUGCAGACAAUGAGAGCGCCGUGGAAGGUCUGUUGGCUACAAUCAGCAGCAAGGACCAACUUCUCAAGGAGUCAGCUGAACACUACAACCGCAUGUUGUCGGAGCGUACCCAAGACAUUCAGCAGCUGAAGAGGCAGCUUUCCGACAGGCAGCAGGAGCUUGCCACCGCUGACAUGCAAAGCUCUGUAAGAGCCCAGGAGGAUUGUUUAGAGACUGCAAACCUCCGAGCACUGCUUGCUGAAAAAGAAAGCCUCAUCAACAAACUUCUGCAGCAUGGUCAGGAGAGAGACCAGUUUCAGGCAGAGCCGGAUCGUGUGUUGGAGCUCAGACAAACUAUCAAAAUCAUGCAAGAGAAGUUGGAAGAGAGAGAUGCUGAGAUGUAUAGAAGGAACGUUGAGGAUAAUGUGGAAAACGUUCCAUUCUCAAAGAAGACCGUCGUCAUCCUGAAGACGGAGCUAGCACAGCAAACUGAGGCACUGAACAAAGCCCUGAAGAGGGAGAAUGAACUGAAGAUCUCAUUGGCGGAGCUACAGUCUUUACUGUCUGAGCUGGAGGGUCGCAGUGAAGGUCAGACUGCUAAUAUUGACUCGCUGACUUCCACUCUGAAGACCAAGGAUGAGAUUAUCAAUGUUCUUCACCAGCGCCUCGGGCAGAGGGGGGACAGUCAGGGUGAUCAUAUUCAUAAUCCGGUUAUUGGCUCUGGCGUGGAGAGAUCAUUCCCUGGACUCCCACAAAGAGAGAGAACUUUGAUCGGUGGAAACAGCCAGCAAGAGGCUUUGCCCAACCUUAUAGCCAUGCAACAGGAACAUGAUGUGCUGAACAAAGCCCUGAGAGCUGAACAACAGCUCUACUCCAGCCUGGUCAGGACUGUAAAAGAGCAGGACAGUGCCCAGCGUUUCCACGCUCUGCAGCUGGAACUGACUGCAGUACAGCUCCUCAGGCAGCAGCUAGAGGAGAGCAUCAAAACUAAUGAGGAGCUCAAGGAUGACUUGGAGAGAGAGAUACACAGAGCAAAACUCGGAGAAGGCAUGGACCUGACUGAUCCUAAAGAAGUCGAGAGCAUGAGACAUCAGCUCGAAGACGCACAGCGCUGGAAUGCCUCUCUGCAGGCUCGCUUAGGCGCAAUCCAGAACCGGGGAGGAGGGGUCGGUGGGGCCAAUGAUGGUGGCGACACUUUGAGUUUCAUUGGCGAUCACACUUCCUACAUGAGUAUAUGUGUGGGGGAGGGGCAGGAUGACAGCUUGUGUCAACUCUCUCCACAAGAGCUAAAGCAGAAGGUGGUGGACCUGCAGGAUUGUGUAAGCAGACUACAGACUGUAAACCACGACUUGCACAGCCAACUGUCUCUGUUGGAGAAGUCAGAGCAUGAUGCCUCCAACAAGGGCGGAACAGAUGUGGUCAGCCCCUGGAAUCAGCAGCUAAAGAAGACUCACAGUGACAGGAAGCAUCACCCUGGUAAUGACAAAGAGAGCCAGACAGACAUCAGACUAGGACAGAUGGUGUCUGGAAAACCAUUUGGUAAUGUGAGUGUGGACAGUGGCCUUGGCCAGAGUAGAGAACAUCCUCAGUCUGGCAACAACACUUUGGACACUGGAGAGAGAGAACAGAAGAAAGGAGAUGUAAUGGCACUAAAAUCCCUGCUGUCUGAUUGUGGGGCUACAUCAGUCUCACACCUUAGAGAGAAGCUGCUCAGACUGACAUCAGAAAAUGUGGCGCUGCGGGGUCUACUGAAGGAACAAAAAUCUGCAGAGUGGAAAGAAAAAGAGAGCACGGAUGCCUCAGGGAACAGCAGUGAUGGACAGGCUGAAUUGAGGCACAGUAUGGAAACACUGCUAGUCGAGGUGUCAAAUGAAAAGGGAGAGAAGAACUCCCAUGAAGUGCCAGAUGGAGAGGCUCCUGUCACAACAGAGGUAGUUGUCAACACUGCCGGGGGGGUUGAAAGGCCAAAAAUUAAAGGACCAGGCCAGCCACACAUCGAGAGUGGAAAGCAGGAUGUCACAAGGCAUGGGGCUGGUCUCAAAUCUCGCCUUCCUGUUCCUGUGAGACUCAGAGUGGAGACUGGCAGUAGCAGCAGCAGCAGCAGCAGGCAGUCUCCUAGACCUGAGCACCUGAGAAAUGACGCACUUCCCAAGCCUCAUUCAGAUGAUAUGUUUGGGUCUGAUCAACAAUUGCACGCAGACACGGACUUCUCAAUAUCUCCACAGCAAAGCACUACCACUGCACAGAAUAGCAGUGGUCCAGCAGGGUUGGACAACACCCAGGCUGACUCUGUGCUUUAUACUCAGCUGGAGCUCCUCCACCAGGAGUGUCAGGAGAAAGAAGCCCUGAUCAACAAGCUCAGUGAGCAGCUUGCUGAUUGGGAAGAGCUCCACACUCAGCUUCAGGAAAAGGAACAGCUUAAUCACCAGUAUGUUGAGGCCCUUCAGGCUGCAGAAUCAACUAUUGCUUACCUGACUGCCUGCAGUCUGGACAACCAGGGAGGAUUUGGGUCACACACUAGUUUGGGAGGAGGUUCUGGUUCUGUUGGUUCAGAUGCUGCCCUCCACAGUCGAUGCAUGGAACUGCAGAAAGCCCUACAGGACAAGGAGGAGCUUAACAACCAGCUUAUUGAGCUUGUGAACAUGGCAGAGAAAGCCAUCACCUUCUCCAACAGCCAGGAAAAUAAUCCAGAAAUCAGGGAUCUUUGCUUACAGAUAGAUGCCGCCCUACAGCAGGUAACAGCAUCAUCAAACAGAGACAGCCCAAGAGGUGUUUCUGGUGGCACUAACGCCUCAAUGCAGGAGAUGCAACGACACACAGACUCUUUGCAGGAGGCCCUUUGGGAGCAGAAUAGGCUCAAUGCAGAGCUGAGGGAAAAACUGAGGGAUGCAGACGCUGCUGCAAAACAGGGCUACAACAGAAACAGUGCUAGCCAGGAUGGUAAACGUUCGACGCAGAUAGUAACACAAAAGGGCUCAGAGGAACACGAUGGGGCAAUGGGAAGUUCUGGUGACACUAGUUUAACUCAGGAUUUGACAAAAGCUGUAAUGAACUGCCUUAGUGCAACUGAGUGUGCCAUUGCCUCACUAGCAGAACACUGUUCAAAUCCUGGCUCCUUGACUUCUGCUAGAUCAUCACAGAUCAGCUCUGACCUGCAGAUGAAUUUAAGCAAACUUCAGAGAGCCCUGCAAGAGAGGGAAGAAUUGGGAGAAUCCACCCAGAUAAAAACAACCAAAUCCAGCAGCAACUGUUCCACCGCUGCAGCUGGAACAAAGGGACAACUUACCAGAGAUCUCCAUCAAAAUCUCUGUCUCCUCUGCAAGGUCUUCACUGAUCUCUCUCACAGGAUUUCUGAAAUGAAGACUUCCUUAAAAGAAGAGAAAGGCCAUAGAGAGGAGAGCGAGUCCCACAGGACAGUGCAGGAUGGAAAGGGAUUACCACCAAAUGUUCAGGCCCAGCUAGAGUCUCUCCACAAGGCACUGAGAGAGAAGAAGAAAGCAUGUAAAAGCUUGGAGGAGAAACUGGCCACCGCUCUUACCGAGACAACCUCCCCUCAAACUGCACGGAAAGCUCUGGAGCAGGAUGACAAAGGCGUGCAGGUGGAUUUGCAAGACCUGGGUUACGAAACCAGUGGCAAGAGUGAGAACGAUAGGGAAGAGAGCAGUAGCACAGAUCUAGAGGUUGGCGUGAACCCGAGCUGUAGUGCCUCUAGCCUGCCUUCCCUGCUGAAGCACGAACAGGCCACCUUCUCCUCCACUGAAAACCUGGACUCAACCUCCAGCACGCCCUAUCCAAGUUCCCCAGCUCUCAGCUCAGCCAAGGUCAGUCUGAAAAGCCUUCAGGUCUAUGACGAGUACGGUGUUUCUGAAGAUCCUCUCCAGCUUCAGGGACAAGUGAGAGAGCUGAAGGUCCAGCUGGAAAACCAGACCAAACUCAUCCUCCAAAUGCAAAACCUUCUGCGAAGGAGCUCCCUCUCCAGUGACCGUAUUGCCAACGCCUCUGACCACUCCGCUGUCAUCAGGGAUCAAGAAGGGACACAGAAAGAGGAGCGUUGCCAGGAUAGUAGCUACAGCACUGUGCAGCAAAGGGAGAAAAAGGAGGGAGAGAACCAGGCGAUGAAGGAUAAAACCAGCCGUCUGAAUGUGGACCAGGAAGGAGAGAGGACACUGAACAAAAGCAUAACCGAACAGCUGCCACAGACCCGCAGCCGCUCUGCAUCACCUGCCCGACUGGACUCCCUGGUGCAGUCACAAGCCAGGGAGCUGUCACAGCUGAGGCAGCAGAUCAAGGAGAGCCGGGGACUGGGAGCCCUGCAGCGCCGGCAGCUGGAGGAGCUGAGCAAUGCCUUCAAGGAGCUGCUGCAGGCCAGCAAAGUGGACUUCUACAUGGGGGAGGUGGUCAAAGAGCAGCUGGACAAAAGCCUGAAUCUUCUGGACAGGCUGGAGGGACGGCUGGACAAAGGAGAGUCUCAUCUGGAUAAUGAGGAUGUGGCGGCUCUGGAACUGUCUCGCAGUCUUGAGGAGCUUCAGCAGGGAUCACAUUCACUGCUCUCCUAUGAGGACAUGAGAGAUCCUCCUGACAGCCCAGCUAGAAUCCAGCUGGAGUUAGAUCAUCUGCGUUUGGAGCUAGAGGGCGAUAGAGAGCUGCUGCAGCAGGGUAUCAGCUUCCUCGUCCAACAAAACCUCAGCCUGGCUGAAAGCACCAGAGAGCAGCUGGACCUGUUGGCUAAAGAGCUGCAGGAGAAGAACCGUCUCAUCCAGGCCCUUCAGAGCCAGUUCAGAAGCCAAAGUCCCAGCAGCCACCACAGCUCUCACUCUGACUUGUACCACUCUGACAGGACCUCUUCCUACUGCCAUAGCCCACAAGGUGGCAGUAGAUCUCCAAGCCAGCAACACUCUUCUGAUUGGAUGGGAGCAGCUGUUCCACCUGUAGGUGGAGCCCAGGGGGAAGGUUUGUCCAGUCACAGGGGCGCUGCCAGCAGACUGCAGGGCCUGCAGAGGGAGAACGGGCGACUGCAGGAGCAGCUGAGAGGCAAAGAGGAGCUCAACGCCACCCUGCGCACUGAACUGGACCUGCAUCGAUCUAUUAUUUCCCAAAACAGCCCGUUCCAUCAGAAGAAGGAUCAGGGCCAGGAGAGGCAGGGGUCAGGGCCUCACACAGAAGCUCAUAAAGUCGACAGAGACACUGCCCCAAAGACUUCUCACGGGCAGCACAGCACAAUGAAUUCAGACCUGCUGGCAGAACAUCUGCAAGAGAUUCGAGCUCUGCGACAACGUCUGGAGGAGAGCAUCUGCACCAACGACCGUCUCAGGGAACAGCUGGAGAGGAGACUAGCCGAGGUGGAGAAGGACCCAGCCACCAACAUCUUCAUCCAUGGCAAUGAGGAGCAGGGGCAUCUGGCUAAUGAAGUGCGUUUUCUCAGGGGACAAAAUCAAGCCCUGAAGGAAGAGCUCAACCAGGGGUCUCGAGACAAGCAGAGGGAGAACGAGAAGCUACGCGAGUCUCUGGCCAGACGGACGGCCAAACUGGAGCAGAGCAGGAAGGAGUCUGAAGCACUGAGGCAGGAAAAUAACCGACUUCAGGAGAGGCUGGAGCACAUUAGCCAAGAAAACUCAGAGCUGCAGGAUUCACUGCACUACAGCAAAGAGGAGCUGCAUAGGUUGCAGUGUGAGGUGAAGCUCCAGAGGCAGCAGCUGUCUGACUGCCAGCAUCUCCUCCAGUCACUGCGAGUGGAGCUGCAAGUUUAUGAAAAGAUCGAGACUGAUAAUCAUAAACACAACGAAUCCAGUGAGACAAACCAGGAGCCACUUCCUGUCCCGUACUCCGGCUCUGUGGACCUGAGCGAGCUGCUGACGGAGAUCCGACACCUGAGGCUGCAGCUGGAGAGGAGCAUCCAGACCAACACGGCUCUGAGGCAGAGACUAGAGGAGCAGCUGCUCCGAGGACCCAACCGCUCAGAGACCAUCAACAUCAACUACCUGCUGUCUUCUCCAGAUGAAGGGGGCAGGUCACCAGGUCGUGAAGGCGGUGAUCUCCAUCACUCAUUUCAGUCUUACAACGAACGUACCAAUGUCCCGGAUGAGAAGCGUCGUGCUCGUUCAGAGGUGGACGGCAGCUCCUUCAGCAGCAGCUCUGGUGACUCUUGCGCUCUGUCCCGUCUGGUGCCGGGUCACAGGAUGUGGGCCAAUCGCAACGGCCGCCACGUCUUAGGUCUGAUUGAGGACUACAACGCCCUGCGGAAGCAGAUCUCAGACGGUCGUAAGCUGUCGCGCAGCAUGGACUCACAACUGCAGGAGUGUCUGCACACAGUCAGGCAGCAGAGCUCUGACAACAAGGUGAUGGAGCAGCAGCAUCUGAAGGGUUUGACCAGCAGCACGAAUACCAUGCAGCAUGUGCUGGAGGAGGCCGGUCGACUGCUCAAACUGCUGUGGAGAGUCUCUCUGCCAGCUGGCAACACAGCAGGGGACAGUGGCAACAACCAGCAGGACGAGCUGCUGAAAAACGAGAUAGCCCGACUGAAAAGCCGGCUGUCGCAGCAGGAGCGGAUGCUGAGUGGAGCCGUGAAGCGCCUCCGCAGCACCAACCAGCUCAAAGAGGGAAUGGAGCGGGUCAUCAUCGAUCAGCUGUCUCUAACUCAUGGAGUGUUGAAGAAAGCCAGGGGAAACCUAGAGACAAAUUACUGUACCCUGUCUGGCCUGAAGGGCCUGUCUGGAGGACCAGACGAAGGAGGUUCCAGUCACUGGCCAGUAGGGGGCACUAGAGAGCCUGAGCGGAGGAGUGCAACCGUUUCCAGAAGCACUGCAGGCAGACACUCGGAGUCCUCAGAUGAUACCUCUCUGCACUGCAGCUUCUAAACCUAAUGGUUCAUCUGCUUCCUACUCAUCAGGCCUCAUCCUGCUGUAAACAGUCACCUUACUCUCCAGAUAUCAAAGCCUUUUUCUAUCUUACUUGCACAAAACCUGCCUAUAAGUUGAUUUAUAUUUAGGUACUGAAGUUGUAAAAGUUUUUAUCGUCAAAGAAAAUGCCUUGUAAAUAGUGUUUCCUGCAUUUUUAAAUAUUUUUCUUUUAUAUGAUGUUAUGAGAACAGGAAAUGUAUUUUAUUACUGACUCUUUGUUUAUGUAUGGGAUGGUUCGGGAGACUGUCAUCAGAAAGAAUCAUGUGCAAAUGCAGUAAAGAAAAAGGUGAAACCCA